AUGUUUGAUGAGUGUGCAGAAAGGACAUCCAGGUGUACUCAUCACUGUGUGAACACUCAAGGGUCCUUUGCCUCUUGCAAUCCUGGAUUUGAGCUAGAGGAGGGAAGACAAUGCUACCGCAUAGAAAUGGAAAUCGUCAACAGCUGUGAAGACAACAAUGGAGGUUGUUCUCAUCACUGUGAACACUCCACCAAUGGGCCACUCUGUUCUUGUAAGCAAGGUUACCUCUUGGAUUUGGAUGGGAAGACAUGCAUAGACCUAGACGAAUGUGAAACUGGGGAUGCCUGCUGUUCACAGUUCUGCAUAAACUAUAUUGGAAGCUAUGAGUGCAGCUGCAAGGCAGGAUUCUGGCUUCAUCUGGAUGGCUGUGGGUGUGACGAUGUCGAUGAGUGCCUGGCUGACACUGAUGGCUGUGACCAACAUUGUAUUAAUUCUUUGGGUUCUUAUGAAUGUAUGUGUGAAGAAGGAUACAGGCUCAGUAGCGUGAACAGACAGUCUUGCAUUUCAUUAGAUGAAGAUGAACUGGAAGAGGAAGAAGAAGAAUUGGAGGUCACUGGGACUCAUGAUCUUCGUUUCAGGUGGCCACCCCAGCUUCUACACCUUAGCACUUCACUAGACUCUUUCUAUGAUGGGGAAGAAAAUGGCCUUCGUGGAGAAUUUACUCAUAUUCACAAAGUUGUUUGCCUGGGUAACAGGUUCGGUAGUGACUGCAGCUUAAGCUGUUCAGACUGUAUGAACAGAGGAAAAUGCAACAGAAAGGACAAUGGGUGUGAUUGCCCACCUGGGUGGACUGGCAUUAUCUGUAAUGAAACUUGCCCUAUGGGGAUGUAUGGCAAAGAUUGUAGCAGCGUCUGCAGGUGCCAGAAUGGAGGCUCCUGUGACCCAGUAACAGGACAGUGUUACUGCCCACCAGGAAUUAAUGGAAAGUUUUGUGAGGAUGGCUGCCCCAAAGGACGUUUUGGGAAGCAUUGUAACAAGAAAUGCAACUGUGCUAACAAUGGAUAUUGCCACAGGUUAUAUGGAGCCUGCUUGUGUGAUCCUGGGCUGUAUGGUCGCUUCUGCCAUCUAACAUGCCCCAAAUGGGUCUAUGGAUCUGGCUGCUCAGCAGAGUGCCAGUGUGUGAAGGAGAACACUCAGAACUGUGAUCCCAGAAAUGGUACCUGCAUUUGCAAACCAGGCUAUGAAGGAACCAAGUGUGGAAAAAAGGACAAUGUAACAAAGAGACUGGUGUGUGUGAAUGUCCAUCUGGCUAUAUUGGAAAAUACUGUAAUGCUUCUUGUCCCGCUGGUUACCAUGGAAAAAAAAUGCUUGCUGCAAUGCAGCUGUAACAGCAAUGCUUCAUGUAACCCCAUCACUGGUGAAUGCUCAUGUCCCCCGGGUUGGAUUGACCGUGACUGCAAGCAGCCUUGCGAUCCUGGUUACUGGGGACAACUCUGUGGAAGUGUAUGUGACUGCAGUAACGGUGAUGGCAGUUGUGACCCUGUUACUGGCAUUUGCUUCUGUGAAGCAGGUUAUACUGGGAGACAUUGUGAGCAUAAGUGUCCCAAGGGAACCUUUGGCCUAAGCUGUAAAUACAGCUGUCAGUGCAAGAACAGAGCUGUCUGUGACCACAUGAGUGGAGCGUGUACUUGUGAAGCUGGCUGGAUGGGAACCUUUUGUGAGAAAGCUUGUCCAGAUGGCUUUUUUGGGAUUGACUGUGGCCAGAUAUGUGACUGCAAGAAUGGAGCUGCCUGUGAUCACAUUGCUGGAACAUGUCAGUGUCUUCCUGGCUGGAUAGGACCCAAAUGCGACCAAUCUUGUCAGGGUAACAGUUAUGGACAAGAUUGCAGUCAGAAAUGCAACUGUAAGAAUGGAGCACUCUGUGAUCAUGUCAGUGGAGCCUGCAUAUGUCCAGCAGGAUGGAGAGGACCGGUCUGUCAGGAAGAGUGUGCACAUGGAAAAUAUGGAGAGAAGUGCCAACAGAAUUGUAGCUGUAACAAUGGUGGAAUGUGUGAUCAUCAUUCAGGGAAAUGCAGUUGUCAUCCAGGCUGGAUUGGGGAACAUUGCGAUACUGAUAUGGUGACUCCAAUCUUCCCUUUUUCUCUUUCAAGCUUGCUUGCCUGGCUUCUAUGGCAUUGGUUGUGCUGAGCCUUGCAAAUGCCCUUCAGGAGGCCCUUGCAACCAUGUGAGUGGAGAGUGUGGCUGUCCUCCAGGUUUUGUGGGCAGUGGUUGUGAAAGAACUUGUCUGCCAGGCACAUAUGGGGAGAACUGUAACCAACUAUGUCAGUGCUCUGGAAAGAAUGAAGAGUGCCACCAUGUCACUGGAAAGUGUAGCUGCCUGCCAGGUUACUAUGGAAUCCACUGUGAUCUUUUGUGUCCCCAGGGAAGAUAUGGCCCCAACUGUAAACUGAAAUGUAUGUGUAAGAAUGGUGGUAUCUGUGAACCAGCAAAU